AGUCGACUGGCGACGCGACUUGGCCAUCACUACUCGACAGUGAUAUCGUCGGUAGUUUCACACUAUCGGUGCUUGCACAUGCUUUCGUGUCUGUCUUCUCCGAUGUGCUAUAUCUGUGGUGACGGAGGUGGGAAUUCGGGAAACGACUGUAUCAAGAAUUUAUUUCAGCAAUGAAGAUGUGGUCAAGAUGUUUGACCCUCGUCUACGAGAUGCUGGUUUUUCUGGUACUAACAAUUUGUUCCGGGAAUUUGGCUGGAGCCACAGCAAUCAGUGCUGUUGACUUUCACGAGACCAACCCUGUUCUGACGCCUUACGGCAUCCUGGAGGAGGGCGACCUCCUGAGGUCACCAGCCAGCCGCAAGGGCGCGCCUUCGAACUGGCUCUGGGAUAACAGACGAUACAACUACGAGGUCACUACCGACGCCAAUCGCAGCGCCAUCGAGGCUGGCAUCCGGUUUUGGCGAGACCACACCUGUAUCGAGUUUGAGGAGGUGUCCGAGUCAAGCCAUCUCCCUCGCGUCCGCUUUGUUGCCGAGGAGGGUUGCUGGUCCUUUGUUGGCUGUGUUUCCAAAGAACUGGCGACACGUGUGCAGGCGCUGAGCCUGGGCACCGGAUGCACUGGUCUCGGUACCGUAACCCACGAGAUCGCCCACUCGCUCGGAUUCUUCCACGAACAGUCGCGCUCCGACCGCGACGACCAGGUUACGAUUCUGUGGGACAAUAUAGAUGAAGAAUUCAAAAGUAACUUUGCUAUGUUCGAUACACAGAACAAAGAUGUGCCUUACGACCUGAGCUCUGUAAUGCAUUACGGUACGUUCUAUUUCUCGUCAAACGGUAAACCAACCAUCUUGACCCAGAACCCGACGCUGCAGGGUCUGAUCGGACAGCGCGACAGGCCCUCCUUCCGUGACGUGGCGCUCAUGAACCGGCUGUACCGCUGCGAGGAGCUGUGCAGCAGCCCACCGCCGUGUCGGAACGGCGGCUACGUGUCGGCCGACUGUGUGUGCCACUGUCCGCCGGGCACGAGCGGCUCGGCGUGCCAGACAGUGCUAAGCGACUACUACGAGCACCAGCUGUGCGUUCACGAGGUGCUUGGCUGCCCGCACAGUGAUUAGAAGCUCAUUCCGCAGCCUACCCAUUUGCUUAUGUCAUUAUUCCAUUAUCAACUACACGAUAUUUUGUUGUGUUUGUCGCAUAAUGGACGAUAUUUUCCAAACCUAUUGUUAAUUUAAUCGGCUUAAUUUGAGUUUCUGGUCAGACACCGUGUAUGUUCAAUACAAAUGAUUGCUUUAUCACUGUCCAUCAGCUUCUUUUCAGCUCGUGGAUGUUACAAACAACUAGGAAUGCUACCCCAUGGCAACAAGCAUGCGAUUCUGGUCACCGUGGCUGUUCUUGUUCAAGCAAGCGUGCCUUUCUGUAUCGGAAAUAUGCUCUUACAUGAUAUUAGACAAAUUGACUUUCAUGUUGUCAACAAAAAUACAGUGGUGGAAACCGCUUCGCUUGACAUUCGACCAGACGGAAUGGGAUUGUCUUUGACGUAUGAAGCCGGUUAGCAGCUCGGAAGAUAAUGUCGGUAAGCGCUCGACGUAAUGUAAGAUAAAGCUAAUGCCUUGGAUGUCAGACAGCUGUCUCUCUCCAGCAUUGUUUUUGUGCUUAGUUCAAAAUAUCAGCUAGCGCUCAUUGAAAGGUUAAGUGAAAAAUACAGAAGUUUGAAAAGUAA